AAUUUUAGCAUUGAAUGGACGAGUAUUGUGUUUUUCGUAGAAUACAUAGCUGUAUAAUUUAGUCGACAAUUUGAUUUCAUAUUCAUAUUUACAAAUUGAUAGUGACGUAUAGUGCGCGAAAUAAUACAGUGCUCGGUAUUUAGAGACGAUGGUCAAGAUUGUGUUUGUAUUACUAAUAUUAACACCAGUGCUAUGUGCCAAGUUUUCUUGUAAUCACGAAAGUGCUGUAAAUACGUUCAAACGACCGACAUACGAUUUCUCUGUUCGGCUUUUGGAUAGAGUGGCACAAGAGACAGGAUACCAUUUUGUGUUCUCACCAUUAUCAACAUGGCUGCAGCUCAUGACUUUGGCGGAAGGUGCCAGAGGGCCUACCGAGAGAGAAAUCAGGAAAGUAACGAGAUAUCACCGUAUGCUUUGUUUUAGGAGGAAAUAUAAGGAAGUUUUAAAUGGAAUGGAUGAGGAGUUAGGUUUUAUGACUAAAAGGACUAAUGUAAUCAUCAUCAACAAGUUGUUAAAUGUUAAGAAUUCUUUUAAAAAUGAAAUAAGGAAAUCUGAUUCGACUAAAAUAUUGUCAUUAAAUUUCAAUGAACCUGAUGACGCAGCAGCGAAAGCGAACGAAAUUAUUCAUGUGGAUACAGACGGUGUUAUUACAGAGAGCAUUCACGCUGAAGAUUUUAAUAUGUCUGUUCUAUUGAUGACUGAAACAGCGUACUUCAAGAGCGAUUGGAAAACAUCCUUUAACCCUGUUUACACUUCAACAGAAACUUUCUAUUCAGAAGAUAAAGUACCAAUUGGGAAUGUUAGAUUGAUGUCACAAACGGGCUAUUUUAAUUUAACUAAAGUUCCAUUAAUUAACGCAAAAGUUAUAGAAUUACCAUUCAAUACAAAUGAAAGAAUUUCGAUGCUCGUAUUUUUAUCUACUAAAGGUAGUGUUCGAAAUUUAUUAUAUUACUUAAAAGAUAUAAGAUUGAUGACUAUAUUCAAUAAGUUCAAGAAAGAAGGAACGAAGCUGGCAACUGUAAGGAUACCAAGAUUCAAUAUAAAGACUGAGUUAGAUAAUAUUCCUGAAUUGAUGUAUGAUAUGGGAGUGAAGCGAAUUUUUUAUCCUGAAUUAGCUGAUUUUGGAGGUAUAAGUGAUUUUAAAAUGCACGCAUCGUUAAUGACACAAAUCGCUGAUAUAGAGGUAACUGAAAAAGGCGCAACCGCAGGAGCAGUCGCUGAAUUUUUGAUUGCAGGUAACAAUGAAGAACUAAAAGCAGACAGGCCGUUUGUCUACCUCAUAGUCGAUAGGAAAACUGAUAUCAUAUUAUUUGGUGGAAUUUACAGUACACCAAGUAUUUAUUAAUUUAUUAAAUGUUUA